AUUUAUUAUUUCAGACAAUGAGUAAUUGGAACUUUUAUCCAUGUGAUAAAGCAGAACACGACAAUUAUCGUCUAGAUAGGGCUUGCAUUAACCCAUAAUGUAAUAAGCAUCAGCUUGUAUGCACCAUUUGCUCAGAGAAUGAACAUUAGUAGUGCAACCCACCUUCUAUAAAAUCAUUUUUGACGUAGUUUAGAUCAUAACUUCAAUCUCCUGGCAUAGAUUAGGAUAAUUAAAUUGGGGAGUAUCUAUAAUAUUUAACAUAUAGAUUGAUUUUCUAUUAUGAUCAAAUUUAGAAUUAAAUGGUAUAAGCGCUUUAAAAGGUAGAAGAAACAAUUAACGAAUAAAAGAAAAUUAUAGAGAAGUAAUUAUAAAUUAAGAUUGUAGCGUAAUCAAAAAUUUUAAAGAUAAUUCUCCAAAUUAGAAAAAGUAAAAACAGCAGAAAGAAAAAUUAGAUAGAUUUGAAUAAAACAUGAAUUAAGAGAAUUUUGCAGAUUUAGUCCAAGAAAUAGAGGAUUUUAGAACAAAUUCUAAUAGAUUUUAAUUCUCGAUCAAAAGGACAUAAGGAUUAGAAACCAUAAGUAUCCAAGAUGGAAUAGAAAAAGGGAACAACUACGUAAAAUAAUAUAUAAAUGCCACAAAUUCUAUUAUUGAAUAAUUCAAAAAUUAGAAUGAGGAAAUAUUUUAAAAUUUACAGAAUUGCUUUUCUAAUCCAGAGAAAAGAUCUAAUAAACAAGAACAAUCUAAUUUAGAAGUAAGCUUUUCGUUCUUUAAUCAAAUGAGAACACCACCUAGAGUCUAAGAUAAACCACCAACUACAAGUGAUACCAAGAAUACUAAUAGGAAUAUCCAAAAUGAAUCAGGUAUCAAGUCAUCAAACCUUAAUUUCAAUCUUUCAUCUCCCAAUUAAAUAUAAGAUGCUUAGAUAUAGGAAUCUAAUUCAGCAAAGAAAAUAUUCAUCCAAAAUAAUUAAUAAAAUUAAACAAGAUAAUCUUCAAGUGGUCAGCCUCCUUAGAACCAAAGGUCUACUCAACGAUCAUGUUCGCCAUUACAAAGUAUAAUCUUUGUUUUAUGAUUAGAUGCAACUGAAGAUAGUAAUUAAGAAUAAAUUUAAACAAAGCUAAAAAUUGAUCGGUAGGAUUUGACCUUUUUUGAAACAGAAGGGUAAGAGAUCACUAAAUUAUUGUUUUUAAGUGAUCAAUUGAUAGCAGCAUGUUUUGGAACGAAAUGUUUUAUAUAUGAUCUUAAAACAUCUAAACAUAAACAUAAAAUAUAUGUUGAAAAAUGGAUAACUGAUGCUGCAUAUUUUGAAUCCAAUAAUUAAAAUGGAAUUCUCAUUCUAGCAACUAUUGCAGGAAAGCUUGAAUUAUAAAGAAGAACACAAGAUCCCGAAUUGCGCUUUACACUUUUGAAUCCUUAACCAAAAUAGAUCUACUAGUUUGGAAACAACAUAAUUCUUUCAAUUAAUGAAAAGUAGAAAGUAUUAGUAACUUUGGGCGAUAGCAUAGUUAUUAAAAUCUUCCAAAUAGAACCUUUUUAUCAUAAAUAUUCAUUGCAACUUUCUGAAACAGGAACUGCUCUUCAUGCAAAUUCUGAAUUUAUUUAUAUUGGUUGCAGAUCAUAUUUAAGAAUUCAUGACAUGGUUCGUAAAUACGAUAAAUUUAUCGAUAUUCCAGAAACUAAUACCAUUAUUAGUAUAAAUACUUAUGAAGAUCAUAUAGUGGUAGGACAAUUGGAUAGGCUUAAAGUGUUUCAAAGAAGAGGAAAUGGUGAUUACAAAAAGAUAAAUGAAUACAUUACAGGAGAAGUCAAAUGCAUUAAUACAUCCUCAAAGAUUCCUAUUGCUAUUAUUUCGCGUCCUUAAGUAUUUUGAAUUAUUCUAUUCAAUAGCAAUUACAAAAAUAAUAGGUGUUUGUGUAUGACUUUUAAGCGAAUACUGUUAUAGAUUUAGACAUUUAGUUGGUCAAGGUUUGUGCAGUAAGAGAAGAUGAUAGGAGCAGCUAAAUAGGAUUAUCCUAAGGAACUGGACAUUGCACCAUUUACACAAUAGAAUAAACUUAAUUGCCUCAACAAGCAAAGUGAGCU